AUGGAUGCCUGUAUGGAAUGUCCAGAAAAUGAAUAUCCAAACAACAACCAAAACCAGUGUAUUCCCAAAGUGUUCUCCUAUCUCUCUUAUAAUAAAACUUUAGGAAUCCUCUUUGUUACGUUGUCUGCUGUUUUCUCUUUGAUUACAAUUCUUGUGGUUGAAAUCUUUUGGAUGCAUAGGGGGACUCCAAUUGUCAGAGCCAAUAACUGGAGCCUCACUUGCAUCCUACUUAUAUCCCUUCUUCUUUGCUUCCUCUGCUUCUUCCUCUUCAUGGGAAGACCUGAAAAGAUAACCUGCUUUUUCCAGCAAAUGACUUUUGGCAUUAUCUUUGCAGUUGCCCUUUCGUCUGUAUUGGUAAAAACCUUGACUGUGAUUCUGGCAUUUAUGGCAACUAAAGCAGGAACUGGAAUGAGGAAAUGGGUAGGGAAAGCUUUUGUUAAUUCUAUUGUCCUUUUGGGUUCUUUCAUCCAAGUAGGAAUUUGCACAGUUUGGCUGAGUACAUCUCCCCCAUUCCCAGAUAUAGACCUGCAUUCACUGAAGGAAGAAAUCAUAAUGGAAUGCAAUGAAGGCUCGGUGAUCAUGUUUUACUGUGUCCUGGUUUACAUGGGCUUCCUGGCUAGUGUCAGCUUUAACGUUGCUUUCCAAGCCAGGAAGCUUCCCAGCAGUUUCAAUGAGGCCAAGUUCAUCACUUUCAUCAUGUUGGUCUUUUGCAGCGUUUGGUUGACGUUUGUUCCAACCUACCUGAGCACCAAAGGGAAAUACAUGGUAGCUGUGGAGAUCUUCUCUAUCUUAUGCUCCAGUGCUGGUUUACUGGGGUGUAUAUUUUCCCCCAAAUGUUACAUCAUUUUAUUGAGACCUGAGAUGAACAAGAAGGAACAUUUAAUAAGGAAAGAAAUGUAA